UCGGUGUUCGUCUAUGUCUGUCUGUGGGUCUUAUCAGUGUACUGUGCUGUUAGGGUUAGGGUUAUAUUAAGGUUAUAUUCUGCUUUAUCUCAGUAAACUGCAGAGUUUAGCGUGAACACGCAUGUAACGCGCUUUUACAACACAUCACGUGACGCGCCGAUGUUUGUUGUUAUGUAUACCGCAGAGCACUUCCGGUGGGGUUUUGUAACAGUGAGCGCGCGGUUCUGCCGGUCCAGUAGAGCUGACCCGCUCCGACAAUGUCCAGUGUGUGUAUGUCAGUGCGCGAGGCGCUGUGGGGUGUGUGUGUGGCUGAUGCGCUGUCGAUGCCCGUACACUGGUACUACAACACUGCAGACAUCAGGAGAGACUUCAGCGGCUGGAUCCAGAGCUACAGGACACCACGACACACACACCCGUCCAGCAUCCUGAGCCUCUCUAACACAGCGGGCAGCGGGCGGACUGCAGGAUCUGCUGCUGGAGUGUCAGUGGUGGGAAACGUGAUUCUGCAUGAUAAGCUGAAGUUCUGGACGGCGCCGCGAGGAUCAGUGCACUACCACCACGAUCUGCCCGCGGGUGCGAACACUCUGAAUGUUCUGUGUGCUGUGCGCGCGGCGCGUGUGCUGUCCUCCGUCAGGUGUGUGUAUGAUGCGUCUGCGCGCGCUGCUGUUCUGCAGGAUUAUGUGCAGUUCAUGACGACGCCUGGAUCACACAGAGACACGUACGCUGAGUCCUUCCACAGGGGCUUCUUCUGUGACUGGCAGCAGCACAGGCCCACAGCGGCCGCACAGGUCCUGGAGUUUGCCGAGCGGCGCUCCACACGCAUGCUAACAGCAGCCCGCGCGGAUGAUCAGCUCAACGCCAUCGGCUGCCUCCCAAUGGCCAUUCCCUUCAUCCUGCUGUCUGCCACAGCCAAUGAGGAUGAAGCAGUGUCUGCGGCGGUGGAGUUUGUGAAGCUCACUCACCCUCACCCUGCGCUGGAGCCACUGGUGUGUGUGUACGCGCGCGCUCUCCACGCAACACUGAAUGGAGCGUGUGUGAAGCAGCAGGCGGAGGCGGCGCUCAGGUCACCUGUGCUGAACACCUGGAACACCUGUCAGACCUUCAUACGGGAGGCGGAGCGGUGUGGAGCGUCAGCAGAGGAGCGUCUGCAGGUUCAUCAGCGAGCGGUGGAGACUCUGGGCCUCGCCUGCUACACACCAGGAGCGUUCAGCAGCCUCUUCUAUCUGGCCUACAGUUUUCAUGAUGAUGUGGCGGAGGGAAUCCUGACCAACACUAACUGUGGAGGGGAGAACUGUAACCGUGGAGCAGCAUUAGGGGCUCUUCUGGGUGCGCGGGCGGCUCACAUCGGCUCCUCCGUCCCUCAGCACUGGAAGAACGGCCUGCUGGACACACAACAACACAUGAUUAAUGACAUCCUGCGCCAUCUCAACACACACACUCCUGUCUGACACACUUCUCAUAUCUGUGUGUGUGUGUGUGUGUGUGUGUGUGUGUGAGAGUGUGUCAAUGUCUGAAUGUAGUGUGUAUGUGUUAAUGUAUGUGUCUGAGCGUGUGACAGUGUGUAUGUCUGAAUGUAUAGCGUGUGACAGUGUGUAUAUCAGUGUAUGAAUAUGUGUGUGAGUAUAAGAGUGUGUGUGUGUGUGUGCGCUACAGGAAGUUCUGCCCACACGUGUGGUUUCCCGCCUGCUCUGUGUUGGAGUUUCUCCUCUUCUGUGUUUCUGUGACCCACUUGACGUCAGUGUGUGUGUGUGUGUGUUUGUGUCAGAGCGCGCAGAAGCAGGAUUUUAAUCUCCACACACCAGACACACUGUAAACACAUCUGCACACACUGUAGAAAUAUCCGUACUCCAGCAGUUAUUGUUUUUCAUGACUGAUGUUUAUAUUUCCCUUCAUUAUUAUUAAUAUUAAUAUUUAAUUCAGCUCAUGUGUUAUAGUCUGCAGUGCUGUAUAGUGUGUGUUACGCUACAAACACCUUGUAAUAAUCUGCAUGUUCUGCUCUUUUACAGACUUAUUCCUCCAGAUAUUAUACAUUAUAUUAUUUUAAUCCUCUAAAAUGUCAGUAAAAGUCUCUUUAUUAAACUGUAGAGCUGAAUUUACAACAUCAGAAGAGGACAGAGCAGAGAUCAACAUCCCAUAAUGCAGUUCACCACCGCUAAUACACACUAAACACACACACUGCUCAUUAACAGGGAGCUUUACAGUGUGUGUGUGUGUGUGUGUGUGUGUGUGUUUAUUUGCACUGCACUUGAUCUGUAACUGAUCUGUUGUAUAUCUGUGUGCAGAUGCUGCUGUAGUGAGAUGUAGUUCCUGAUUAUUUGCACGUCUGCUGUUCAGGCUGUUGUGUUGUGUAUAAUGAGCUGAGGUAUUGUGGUUCUUUGAUUUGUCUUUCUGUGCAUCAUUAAAUGCAUCUGUAAUCCUUCAUUCACAGUAAAUACUGCACUGCUUUAAUUAUCUCUGAGCGUGCGGCUCGUCCACAGGAAUCAGCAUUGACAACACAACAGACUCGAGUCGUUAUUCUGAUUAACUACUGCAUAUGCAGACGCUGCUGUAGAUGAUACUCUAUCAUGAUUAUUAGCACUAUUAUUGAUUAAUCUGUUGUGUUGUACAUUAAUAAUCUGAAGGCUGUCAGUCUUUGAUUUCUGUGUUUUUAUUGCAUUAUUUAAUUGUAGUUUACUGCACUGAUAUUUAUUCCUCUUUUUAUUAGUGUGGUUUAUUAUAAUAUGCAUGCAGAUGUGACUAUAGCGGAUCUUUUGUUCCUGAUAUUUGCACUUCUACAGUUCAUUAUUGUGUUGUAAAUGAAUGAGUGUUUGAGUUUUCAUUAAACACACAGAUGUACUCCUGCAUUUAUAGUGAACAUCUGCCUUAUAAACAGCCUUCAGCAUAUCCAACACAACAGUCUCACUUUAUUUCACUUAAUGCACAUUACAGUCUGCUACUGAGUGAUCUUUUGUCCAGGAUUAUCUGUUGUGCUGUAAAUAAAUGUCUGAUUGGUGUUUGCAUCAUUAAAUGGGCUGGUAAUUUAA